UAAAUCUGGCAUCGCUGCGUCAAAUAGCAGGUUGAAAACAAAACAUUGUUCCUCGAUUUCAUUCAUUCGGUUGAUUUUGUAAAAACCACUAUAUAUAAUAAUGGAUGUAGGAGAACUGUUAUCAUUCAAGCCGGAGCAAACUCCAAAGCGUCCAUCGGACUUCGAUAACGAUGAAGAAGAUUCUCCAGAGUGGUCAGAUAAUACAACCACGGAACCACCCACAAAAGUGAGAAAAGAGCAACGGCUGUCGAACGUAAAGGCCAAAACUCAGGAACCCCAAAUAAGUGAGAAGGAAAGGUUGGACAUUCUUAGGUUCGUCGAAUCGGAAGAGGCGGAAGGCGAAAUCCUGGACGAUGCCGGUUUAAAGAAAAUUUUAUUGCUGUUUGAGAAACGUAUACUCAAAAACCAGGAAAUGCGUAUUAAAUUCCCGGACAACCCUGAGAAGUUCAUGGAAAGUGAAAUUGAACUCAAUGACAUCAUUCAAGAGCUGCAUGCAGUGGCAACAGUGCCUGAUCUAUAUCCACUGUUAGUGGAGCUAAACGGCGUUUCGAGUUUAUUGGAGCUAUUGCCGCAUCAGAAUACAGACAUCAGCGUAGCAGUAGUAGAUUUAAUUCAGGAACUAGUGGAUGUUGACAUACUCCACGAAAGUUUGGAAGGUGCCGAAACGUUAAUAGACGCACUGCGGAACCAGCAAGCUGCCGGGCUUCUGGUUCAAAAUCUUGAAAGGCUAGAUGAAACAGUUAAGGAGGAAGCGGAUGGUGUUCACAAUACUUUGGCGAUUUUCGAAAAUUUGAUGGAAAUAAAUUCCGAUAUUGCUAAGGAAUUAGCUGAACAAGGGUUGCUCCAGUGGAUCCUUAAGCGUUUACGGGCUAAAAUGCCAUUCGAUGUGAACAAGUUGUACGCCAGUGAAAUUCUAUCGAUUUUGCUGCAAGAUACGAAUGAAAACCGGCUUUUACUUGGUAAUCUGGACGGAAUUGAUGUGCUUCUGCAGCAAUUGGCUGUUUACAAACGCCACGAUCCAUCCUCUACCGAAGAACAGGAAUUCAUGGAAAAUCUUUUCAACAGUCUCUGUUCAGCUCUGAUGGCAGCCGAAAAUCGUGAAAAGUUUCUUAAAGGCGAAGGAUUGCAGCUGAUGAAUCUGAUGCUGCGCGAAAAAAAACUUUCCAGAAAUGGGUCACUUAAAGUACUCGAUCAUGCGAUGUCUGGUCAAGACGGGCGAGACAAUUGUAACAAGUUUGUAGAUAUUUUGGGCUUACGAACCAUAUUUCCACUGUUCAUGAAAACCCCAAAACGUAACAAAAAGCGUUUGUUAAGCACCGAGGAACACGAAGAACACGUUGUAUCUAUUGUUGCAAGUAUGCUUAGGAACUGUAAAGGAGCGCAAAGACAAAGGCUACUCACCAAAUUCACUGAAAACGAUUUUGAGAAGGUCGAACGACUAAUGGAACUUCAUUUCAAAUAUUUAGAGAAAGUGGAGCUCGUGGAUCGAGACAUUGAUCAACAAAUGAAUGGCGGCGAAGAAGAAGACGAAGAUGCGACUUAUUUGAAGAGACUCUCGGGUGGGUUAUUCACAUUACAGUUGAUUGACUAUAUUGUUCUGGAAAUAAGCUCAACGGAUGUAGUUAAGCAACGUAUAUUGCAAAUAUUGAACCUUCGAAAUGCUUCUAUGAAAACAAUUCGACAUGUGAUGCGUGAAUACGCUGGUAAUUUGGGAGAUGCUGGCGACUCGGAUUGGCGAGAACAAGAACAGGCGCAUAUUAUCCAACUAGUAGAUCGAUUCUAAUCAAAGGUUCGCUUUUGCAAUGAAUAGACAAACAAGUUGUAUAUUUCAGAAUUGUAAAAAUACUAGACAUAACAACCGUCUGUCUGGCCGUAGGGGUUCAAAUAUACCCAAAAACAUAUAAACUGGAGUUUUCUAUUU